AUGGAAAGAAAGAGUUCUGAAAUAAGAAAAAGUACUGCUGAGGUUAAGUUUAUCAAAGAUAAACGUGCUGAGGGCGUUAGAAUCUCUAAUAUGCAGAAAACUCUGUCUAAGAAAGCAAAUGAGCUUUCUAUUUUAUGUGGAGUUGAGAUUGCAAUUCUUAUUUUCUCUAUUGGAUGUCAUGAGCCAUUUUUGUUUGGUAAUCCUGAUGUUGACUCAGUCGUCCAUCAAUUUUUGGAGGCAAAACAACAAUCUGCAUCUUCGUUUAAUAUAAAGAAGAAGAAAAAGGUGGAAAGAAAUGAGGCCAAUGGAAAAUCUGUUGAAGGUGAUUUCACACAUCUUCUAUCAGAAGAUUUCAAAUUGACUGAAGCAGAAAGACUUGAGAAAUUAAACCACGAGAUCGAGAAACUUGAACAUCAUUUGAAUAAGGAAAUUGAUUUCUUACAAAAUGUGAUUGGCUUUGAAGAUCCAAAAUUUAUGCUUGAAAUGAAUGGGCCUACUUCUUUGACCAUACCACCUAAUUGGUUGAGUCUUUAA